CAAUAUCCUACCGAAGAACACAUAGCUUCCAUCAGCCGCCCUCAUUUCCUGCUCCAUUUCUCUCCCUCUACUUUCCGGCAGCAAACUCGCGACAAUCUAAUCUGGAACACAUAAAAACAUAAUCUUUAAACGAUGUCUCUGAGAGGUGUUUGGCAACUUCAGAAGCUUAUUGUCAGUUAUUCCGAUUGGGGAGGCAGCAGCAGAGGCAUCAUGGGGUUCAUGGAAUCUCAACUUCCCAAAUUUAAAGAGAACAACCCUCAGCUGGAAGUGGUAACAGAACUCAUUCGCGGCCAACAUCCACAUUUGAAAGGCUUCUUUAGGAACAAUAUCCAAAAAACUGUUUGUGUGAAGAACAUGACACCAGAAGAAGUACUUGAUUAUGCAACAAGGCUACGUAAUGGAUUAGGAAGAAAAGUGUUGAAGCUGAAGACCCGACAUGUCACAAAACACCCCAGUGUUCAAGGUACAUGGACGACUGCUACAAGAUUUUGAGGACCAACCCUUCAUAAGUUGAGUGAAAACUUGUACUAGAUAAUAUGGAGCGAAUCAUCAUGCCUUUAUCUGCAAUGUUAAUCCUGCUGGUCAUUUAUAUGCUUCUUUUUAGAUUUUAAUUUGAUUGUCAGCUGAUCUGCCUCUUGGCUUAUGUUCAAACUGUUGGCUGAAUACAAAAAAGGCUAUGUAGUACAAAACUACUAAUAAUUGUUGUCAUUUCUCCAUGAAGAGAGACAUACCAAUUACUAAUCUCCUGACUUCGAAAUAUCCUAAACCACAAUUGACAUUACAAGUUCCAAAUCUUGUAUCAUAAUAUUAGGUUCUUUCUUCAUCACUCAA